AUGGAGGUGGCGGGCGGGCGUUAUAGCGGGGGCACCGUACGCGGCAGGAUGGAGGGACGGGGCUCCUACACGCUGCCGACGGGCACCGAGUACCGGGGAGCGCUGAGGGACGGGACGUUUGACGGCGAGGGAGAGCUGCUGUUCCCCAACGGCGGCAGAUACCGGGCGGUCUGGCACCGCGGGGUGCCCACGCAGGGGAAAUACACUUUUGCAGAUGGUCUCGAAUACAAAGAUAAAAAAUGGCAUUACUGUGAUGGCUACGACAGAAGAUUUUAUACAGAAAUCUGUUCUGGUCUUAAACCACCAGGCAUUUCUCAGCUUACAAAUCUGGAUCCUCCAAAAAAAAUCCCAGAAGGUUGUUAUGACUGUGGUGAUGGAUUCUAUAAUCCUGAAACCAGAGUUAUUGUUGACUACAAACUCAGGUUUCUGAGAAACGCAGAUGAUGAUGAGCAUGAAUGGAUCAUUCGGACCUGCCGGAAAGCUUGGGAUGAAACAAUUGAACGUGAACCGAAACCAUGAAAACAGUUUUUGCUAGACAAUAAUAUUCCA